AUGGCAGAACGUCCAAGACGAAGCAGCCUUUUUGAAGUGGGUUUUCCUCUUCAAAAAGAUCGAGGUUCAAGUAUUGUUAAUAUUCAACCAAGUAUUUUUGAACAUCGACCACAGAAAGUUGUUUUUGAAAACACUUACAAAAUGGAGCCAAACAAGAAACUCGAGUUAAAAGAAAUUGAAAAACUUAUGGAAAACACUCUGGAGUCAUUUCUUCAAAAUGUUACAUAUGAUGCAAUCCGCUGCCGAAGUCUUGUGAACUCUUUGUCGCUGACAAUUCGUGAACAAGUAAAGCUUUUGGAUUAUAAACGUUAUAAAGUUACUUGCUGGGUCAACAUAAUGGAAAACAAAUCUCAAGGAGUACGUAUUGCAAGUCGUUGUUUGUGGGAUGACAAGAAAGAUAAUCAAGUUAGUGCUGUAUAUUGCAAUACUUCACUUGUUUGUUUGGCAACUGUCUUUUUGGUUUAUUGCGAAUAA